UUCACGUUUUCUACCAGCUCCCCGUUUUCUUACAAAGGAGGAAGAAGCAGGCACCUCAAAGGUAGUGAUGGCUCUCCAACCCUUCUAUGGCGAGACCAGGAAUGAACGAUUCCAGCGGCAACAUGUGGACUCUGAAGAGACAGGUGGCACCGACUUGUAUUGCAACAAGAUGAUGGAAACCCGGGGGAUGACUUGGCCUCAUUGCAAGAAAUUGAACACCUUCAUCCAUGAAGACAUCGAGACCAUUAAUAACAUCUGCAGCACCCCCAAUAUCCAGUGCAAGAAUCGCGAGAUGAACUGCCAUGCGGGUGUAGGAAGAGUCACAGAAUGCGCACUUAUAGGACGUCCCAAGGACUGCUACUGCUCAGACAUAGUGAUUAAGGGAGGCGACCAGCCCCCCAAAUGCUAUUAUAAGGCCACGGCCAGCACCAGGAUUGUGGUCAUUGCCUGUGAGGGUAACCCCCCAGUGCCUGUGCACUUUGACAGGAGUGGUGAUAGCGUGCCUGUGCACUUUGACAGGAGUGGUGAUAGCGUGCCUGUGCACUUUGACAGGAGUGGUGAUAGCGUGCCUGUGCACUUUGACAGGAGUGGUGAUAGCAUGCCUGUGCACUUUAACAGGAGUGGUGAUAGCGUGCCUGUGCACUUUAACAGGAGUGGUUAUAUCGUACAUGAUGAGCUUUAAAUUAUUCCUUAAAUAGCAAUGUGUAGUGCAUUUGAGCUAUCUCAGGCUCUGUCUCCUCUGCUUAUGUCUACUUCUUUUUCUCUAUAUAAUCCAUUCAGUUAAAUGCACCAAGAAGUUAGUGGAAAAGCUGAAGCAAAAAAAUCCAUUAACACUGGCUACUAAUCCAGGACAUUUUUCUACAUCAUCACAAGGAGUGUUUUGAAAGUAGCUGGUUUUUGGUAUUCCCAGCAGUCAGCUGUUAUGGGAAGCAUUAAAAAUGUGGAAACACAAACUGGGAAAAUGAGAGCUCUGUCUUUAUAAUAUGGCAACCUUGUUAUGUUUGGGUCUAAUAAGAUUAAGAAAUGAUACAAGGGACUUUCUUUUUCUCUUCCCAAACUUCUGAAUCAUGGUAGCAAGUAGGAAUAUUAACAGUGCACUAGAUCAUUAAGACUCACUCACUCUUCCUGACUGGAAAGGUUUUUCAUGUUUCCCGUGUAAUAAAGAACUCAACUAUA